GUGUCUGCAUCUCUGGCAUCCUGUCCCCACAUCUUGCUGUCGUCCCUAGCCAGGUUAUCAUGCCUCGUGGUCAGAAGAGUAAGCUCCAUGCCCGGAAGAAACACCACCAGGCCCGAGGUGAGGCUCAGGCUUGUGGAGGUGUUCAGGAAAUAUCAGAGGAAUCAGGAGAGGCAGCAGAAAAGUCGUCUGCAGCCUCCCAGACCCAGCCUGGGGCUGAGUCUUCCAGCACUCCCGAGGCUCCUCAGAAAGCAACACCGUCUGCCUCAAGCACUCUGAGUAUUUCUUCCUUGGAAUCACAUGAGAGUUCCUGUGAGGGAAGUGAAGAAUUCAAGGAAAAGGAAUGCCCUGUUGAGGACAAGCCCUGCACCAUCCUUCCUCACCAAGAUAUGGUAGCAAGAAAGGUAGUGGUGCUCUUACAGCACUUGCUCCACAACUUCAAUCUGAAGAAGCUUACUACUAAGGAAGACAUGCUGAAGCUUAUCACCAAGAAGUAUGAAGACGACUUCCCUGAGAUCUUCAGAAAAGCCUCUCAGAAGCUGGAAGAUGCCUUUGAGGUGGAAGUGAGGGAAGUCAACUCCAGUGAGCCCUCAUACAACCUCAUCAGCAAGCUGAAGCUCCCCAACAAUGGGAGGAUUCGUGCUGGCAGAGGCUUUCCCAAGACUGCUUUCGUGAUGUGUGUCCUAGGAAUCAUCCUCAUUAGGGACAAUUGUGCCAGUGAAGAAGACGUCUGGAAAAUCCUGAAGAAGCAGCAAAUCUAUCCAGGGAAGAAGCACCGCAUCUUUGGUGAGCCCCGGAAGCUCAUGACCCAUUAUUUAGUGAAGCUGAAGUUCCUGGAGUACAGGCAGGUGGCAGGCAGUGAUCCCCCACGCUAUGAGUUCCUGUGGGGUCCC